AUGAAUAAUGACGAUCAUAUUUCUUAUUUAUGGAAAUCGUCAUUAAAUAUAUCGACAAAAACACAAGAAAAACAACUUUCAAAUUCAUUGCAUUUAUUAAACAAAAAUCGUAGAAAAUCAAUUAUUCCUUCAUCACAUUUACCGGUCAAAGUACCUAAAUCAUUCCCAAUGGAUAUUGAACAAGAUAAUUCAUUAAAUAAAAAUUAUUCAUUAGAAGAAACAGAACAACAAUCUCAACCCAGUACUAAUACUGCUUUAACAAGUCAAUCAAAUAACAAUUAUGAUAACAAUGAUUUAUUACAGAUGGACAAAAGUGAAAAUAUUAUUCACAAAGAAGAAACUGAUGAUGAAAAUAGUUUUGAUUCAUUUAUUAUACAAAAUUUUACAUAA